CUGCGUGGAAUAGCUGGUCUUGAGUAGAACAAGGGUGCGAUAGAACUCCUCUAACGGUUUCACCCAAAAAAAAAAACUCAUCUUGUAUGCAUGGUUUUGGAGUACUAUAAAAACUGACCUAAUUCCCACAAGGUUAAUCCUGGCUUGCAAAUGUCUUCAAUACCACCAUCACAUCUACGCCGCCGCCUCCUAUUCCUCCUCGCCGCCGCAAUUCUAACCUCGUCCUCCCUUUCCGCCGCCGUCUCCUCCGAAAAUUGCUCCACCUACGCCUUCCGCUCGAACCGAACCUUCAGCUCGUGCACCGACCUUCCCUACUUAGACGCCCACCUGCAUUGGAACUACGCCCCGUCCACCGGAAAAGUCACGAUCGCCUACCGGGCAAAACAGGCGCCGCAAGGGUGGGUUGCGUGGGGCAUCAACCCUUUCGAGACGGGCAUGGUCGGCACGCAGGCACUUGUUGCCUUCCGCGCCUCCAACGGCAGCAUGACAGCCUACACCACUUCCAUAACGAGCUAUGACCCGUCCCUCGGGCCUGCCAGAGUCUUAUUCCGCGUCUCUGGGUUGUCGGCGGAGUACGCCGCCGGAGAAAUGGUGAUUUUCGCGACGAUCGGGCCGUUGAGGAACGGGAGCGUCGUGAAUCAGGUGUGGCAAGCUGGGAACUCUGUCUUUGACAAUGUCCCUUUGCCGCACCCGAUUUCACCGGCUAACCUUCAAUCAUGGGGUGACAUUGAUUUUCUCAUGUAUUUAUCAUAAGAAAAUAACAUUUAAAAACCAAAAUGUUGUCGUCAAACGACAUAACUGUAACUCUAUGAAAUGAAAGGUCACAGAUUCA